CACUUAGUGGACUGGCUGGGGCGGCUUGGCCACGUUAUUUAUGGCUGUGUACGCUCGUGAUGCCCGCGCAGCGCCGCCGACCCCCGCCCAAGGCGGGAUCCACGCGAACUUUGCCGUCUCUGCUCUCUCGCGACGCAGGCAAGGAAGCGAAGCGGAUUCACAACAAUCUGGCGCAGGGCUGGGGGGUGCAGGUUUAGAGGAGUGAUCUCCGGUCCAGAAGAUGACGAUAGAUCGGGAGAUGUUAAGAUAAGGCAGGAAAGAUGCAAGGAAUUGGUAGGCAGCUUUGCGACAACGCUGUGGGCGCCCGUAUACGCUGCUGAGACCGCCCAACCAAUCACGGCUCCACUGCGUGCGUAUGAGGAGGGAGAUGUAGUGUCAGAUGUUUUUCUCAGCUCUGCUCGGGACUUCUUAGAGCCGAAAGAAAGCCUUAUUGUUGUUCUUCUGCUUGCUGAUGUCACGGUCGGGAUUUUAAUGGGAUAAAAUACUCAUGGGCAACGCUUCAGCCCGUGAGUGGGCGGUCAGCAAAACUGAUGAGGAGGUGGACGAGGAGAUGAGGGGCAGCACGUUCGUGAUGAUCGACAAGUCGGGUAGUGGUGACGUUAAUGGCAUUGAUGAAGAUCGCGUGGCUGCAGGCCGUGAUGGCGUUGGCGGUGGAGAUGCUGACAGCGAUGGUCUUGAUGGUGGUGGUGAGGGCAGUGGUGGUGGUGAUGAUGAUGGGGUCUGUGUAAAUAAUAAUGGUGGCAUAGAUGAACGCGGUGAAGACGGUGAAGACGGUGGUGUCAGUGGAGAUGUUGAUUACCGUGGGACACCUGGAGACAACACUCGUUGUUUGGUUGCUGAUGGUCUCAACAGUGAGGCUGGCGAUGGUAAUGGGGCUGCUGUUUAUGCUGCUACUAAUAACGGAGGUGUACAUCACGAUGGGGGCGGCGUUGCUGAAGGAGGUGACCGUCUCCUGGCUAUGAGCACCGCUCAGUUUUCCUCCUUGUUUGACGAGGACGGACGUCUGGUGGACGAGUCCCUCUUCAGAAAACUCAUUUUCAAAGGCGGGCUGGAGGCAGUGGUGCGGCGCGAGGCGUGGAAGUUCCUGUUCGGGAUGUACCCCUGUUCGUCCACGGCGCGCGAGCGCAGCGCCCUUCGUGAGGAGCAGCGCGUCAAGUACCGCGUGCUUAAGUACCGCUGGCAGCAGCUGCUGCCCGGCAACGUGCACCUGCGUCCCGACGGCAUGGACGAGAGGCUGGUGGCGGUGGUGGCCGCUCAACAGGCAGCCGAGAGGCAGGCCCAAGCCCACACGCCAAGCCCGGCGUUGCUUGCCUCUGAGCAAACGCAGAAGCAGCAGCUCACUUUCCUUGACAUCCAGGCCCAGGUGUUUGCCGACCGCCAGCCCUUCCAUCUGGAGGAGCUGCAGAAAGCGAUCCGCAUCAUCGAUAAAGACGUCCCACGCACAAACCGGGACCUCGCCUACUUCCAGAAGGAGGGUCUUUCCAAUCUGCUGGUCCUGCGUGAUGUACUCAUCACAUUCGCUGCCUUUCACCCAGACGUGAGCUACGCGCAGGGCAUGAACGACUUGCUGAGCCGCUUCCUGGAGGUGUUUGACUCGGAGGUGGAUGCCUACUGGUGCUUCUGCGCCUUCAUGUCGCACAUCUCCUACAGCUUCACUGGUGACGGCAUGCUCCACAAAAUCAAAGUGGUGGAGGACCUCCUGAAGACGCUUGACCGGGAGCUCUUCGACCACCUCAUGGACGAGGAGCUCGGGGGCCUCAACUUCUGCCACCGGUGGCUGCUGCUGGGCUUCCAGAGGGAGUUCCCGCAUGACGAGGCCGUGCGCCUCUUUGAGAUCCUCAGCAGCCACCACCUGGAGCUCACGUCACUGGAGGCCGACAGGGUGCGGCACCAGACGCGCAUCUCAGGCAUGCAGAAUCAGGAGGGCCUAGUGCGGCCUGAGCUGCCAUCGGUGAACGCCGACUACACAUACGAGCUCUUCGUGUGCGCCUGCAUCCUGCUGGAGAACCGGCCGGCGCUCAUGGCCUGCGAUGACAUGAUGUCCAUCGUCGAGUUCAGCAACAGCCUGCUGGGCACGUUGGACCUGGCAGCAGUGCUGCGCAGCGCCGAGGAGCUCUUCUACUCAUACUGCCGCCAGUCGGUGCUCGACUGCUUCGCUGACGGCCGCACCAAGUCACGCCCUCGCGGCUUCCUCGCCUCCAGACUCUCGCAGAUGUUCAGCUGAGCCCGCUGGACCCCCUCCGGUCAAGCUGCACGCAUGUGCCCGCGAAGAACGCACGCCACGAAGAAGACUGGAUUAGGAAGGCGACUCAAGCAGGUGUGUUGGGGGAGCGUUGGGGAGAGCAGAGGGGUAUUGGGGAGUUUGCAGAAUUCUGGGCUUCCCGAAGGCUCCCUGUCCCUUCGCUCUCUGCAGGACACGGGACUUAAAACUAGGAGCAGGACAUGUUUCGGCGAGUUACCCAUGUUCCGUGCAUGUCUCGAUGAAGAGAGCUGUUCUGCAAAGUAAGAGAGGCCGCAACAAAAUAGAUUACUUUGAAUACAAUUGUGGUUUUUUUUAAAGAGUGAAGUUGGAUAGAGUGGCCAAAUAUUUUGUUAACUUGCAUCCCAAUGUGUGAUUUUUUUAAAUAUAUUUUUUCUUAAUCUCUCGUAAAUAACUUUGCCGGUCUUUGCCGCUUUGACCUUAUUUCUCGUUUAUCCGCAAUGUCAAUAGGAUCUUGAGAGUUGUGUCACCGAUGGUGAGUUGAGCGAUCUGAACGAUGGUGAGUAGAGUUGUGUGAACGAUGGUAAAUAGAGUUGUGUGACCUAUGGUGGGUAGAGUUACGGCCAGUGUUUUGCCAAGUGGCCCAUUGCCAAUUGUAAUGAUGCCCGGUCUUGUGUAAUAAAUUAACUUUUAUUUGUGAUUUUUUUAAAUGAACACAAAAACAAUAAGAUCCAAAAAUAACGUUUUUACCACGGCCAACAAGUUUGUGAAAGAGGCAGACAAGAGUAACGGAACUCAAUUCAGCUACACGUUCACAUCUAGCUGCGAUGUUUACAAGCACAAGAACAUCUCGAAGCCAGUGACUCUCCUGACAGUGAUGCACAAAUAACAACAAAACUCUUGUCAACAACACUUACCUUAAAAUGAAAACAUUUAACAGGCGACGCUUUUGGCAAUGGCCCUUCUUCUUGUGCUAUGAACAAGGAGCAUUUCUCGAAACGUCGCCUGUGGUCCUUGUUCAUACCACGUGAAGAAGGGCUAUUGCUCCAAAUGUCGCCUAUUGUCAUUUUCCUUGAGGCCACUGUUUUUGACGAACGUGUAGAGUUUACUGUGAGUGACAGUACAGCGUAGGCUGAUUACUACCCUGAGCUCCUGUCUGUCGUGCCGUUGCUUGAGGCUUGUUUACAGGAGUCGCUGCAUCACGGCAUCACUGCGUUAUUUAACGUUUGCGUUUUCCGCAGGCGCUCCUCACCCAAGGGUGUUUUUUGCAGGUCGUGCUGCGCUGGUUGAGAAUUGCCUCUGCCGAGAGUUUUGCCGCCCACCUGCCCCCUGACUUUCAAACAAGACACAAAUAUCGUGUAGAAAUGCGCACACAAGCCUUUGUGGGUGUGAAAAAAAACCCAUCAGCAGUUCCUGGAGAAAUGCACUGUGGUCCUCUUGUCUUAGGUCAAAAUCUAAAUUUAUUUGAACAGACGUGACCCGACUGGCGGAAGCAGCGAUAGACGACAUUGUUAUUGUGGGCAUCUUGCGAAGUUGAAUUAACACGUUGAAUGUAGCCAAUCAUGCAGAAAACCAGGCUCGGGAUUAUCGCUGCAUGUCUGCCAACGCCUCACGAUGUGAGCGGUGGGCUGCCGAUGUUGUAAUCCUCGUCCCGCAUGCGGACUCUUCAAAGAUAAUCAAACCCGCUUAAUGAAAUUUAUUCGGGGGGGGCAUUCAUUUUUUGCUUUGAAAAUUGAUGUGUGAUUAAAUGGUGUAAAAAUCGGUAGCCCUACUGCUUAAACCGGCAGGGUUGGCAUGUAUUAGUUUGGCGAGUUUGUGGUGAGGUUUGGUUAUGCACAACCGGAACCAGAGCAUAACCUCGACUCGCCCUCUGCUGCUCAGACGACGCCACUGCAAGCCCAGAAAAAACAGCACAUCAAAAAAACCCCAGCACAUCCACUGAAGCAGUGUUCUUCGCUAAUUUUCAGUGGCGGGUCACAUUCGCCGAUAAGACCUCAGUGUGAGGGCCGCUACACCGCCUGCUAAGGGCGUUUUCACAUGUUGUGUAUUGUCGGGGGCCCGCACGUCAGAGGCCGCACUAAAGGCCACCAGGGGCCGCCAAUGGCUCGCGGGCCUUGCAAUGAAGAACACUGCCUUGAAGCAAUUUCAGGGCAAAUCGUUGCCAGAAACCGUAACCGGCAACACGGCUCGGCUCAGGCCGGAGCUGCUUACUCGCUCGUAGAACCAUGGCUUGGUUCAGGUUCGGCUCGUGAGAAUAUUGGGCAUGGCUGGCACCUUGGUGAGAGGCAGCUCAAGUGAAGCGUGGCUUAUCUUGGUUCACUUGAGCCAAGCCUGAGCCGGACCGUGACGGGGAAAAUAUACCUCAGAUUUUACAACACACAAAGCAGGAAGGCAAAACUCGAAUCCAUAUGGUUUGUAUGCAUGCCAUGUGACACUAUUGCUUGUCUAUAAUACAGUUUUUUUCGUGUUAGAUCACGUAAAUAUAAAUGUGUCAUUAAACCCACCACCACCCGACAGCCAAUUAGUAAGAUUUGUCACGUGAACAUAACAUACCUAUUCGUUACUCGUACAGCGCACCGGUGUGUUGUAGAGCAGAGAUAUAUGGGGAAAUCACAUCGGUGUGCUGUACUAGUAACGAAUUAACAUACUCUAUACAAACCUUUAUAAUUAGCUGUGUCAGGUGGUAGUGGGUUUAACGACAUUCAUAUUUAUGCGCUCUAACCCAAAAAACCUGUAUUAUAGAUGAUAUUGGUAGCGAAAGCCUAGUGUUAAACUGAAUAUUGCUUGUGCAAUGCGUCUCAGCUUUGUAUAAACCAUCAGCUCGAUCGAGCUGAAUAUGUCGCCAUGUUAUUAUUUUGAACCACCAACUAAAACAGAGUUGAAACGUGGAUAUCCUAACAGGCAGCACUGAAACAAAGACAACAGGUGACCGGUUUCACUCGUAUUAGUGCUCAUCAGCACUGUACAGACAAGACUGAGAGCACUGUACAUGACAUGACUACAAGGCAUAUGGAUGGCAGUCGUAUCUGCUUUUUGUGAGCAGCACAGCUCUGCGUAUUGAUGAAUUUCUUCAGUUGGUCUAGACAAGGCUGAGCAUUGUACAUGCGUGUAAGGAAUAUGGGUGGGAAGUCGUGCCUGCCUGUUGUUUGUUAGCAGCACAGCUCUGCGUGCUGUUCAGUCGAAUUGUUUCCAGGCCCCACACAUUUUACCCUUGUGAAGGAUUUUUUUCAUUAGUUGCAACGAGUG